CCCUCCUCACCAUUACACGCCUAACAAGGAAAUUGGUUAAGAAGCCCAAUCUGUAAUGUACUUAAAACUGCCGAACAAGCCCGCAAUUAUCAAACAACUUCUUAAAGGGUUCCACUUUGGGCUUUGGCCUCCAACAACUGUUAAAAAAGUCCGAUGCUCUGACGCCACCAUAAAUUUGUCCGAUUUGAUUUCUGCAGGCUGAUUGAAUUUGGGAUUUGCAUAAAUUUCAAUUCCUGUUCCAUAUAAUAAUUUCGAUUUAAAUUCCCGAAAGGGUUAAAACAACAAGAAGAAGUCUUCCAAGUCUUUUAAACAUUAAAAAAGCUCAAACAGCGGUUCCCCCUUUGGCCACUUUUGGUCGGAUCUUUCAACGGUUUCCGGGUUGGGACCCAACGCCAACCUCCGGCGUAGCCAAAACUGUGUCUUCUUGUUCCGUUCUCUUAUCAACGAAGCAAAAAAAAAAAAAAAAUCAAAAGGGAAAUCAAAUAAAUAGAGAAAAGAGAAGGAAUGGGAGAUCUCUUUAUAUGGAUUCUUUCUUUCUUCAUCCUCAUUGCCCUUAUUGUUCUCCUUGUGUAUCAGCUUAUGUGCUUGGCUGAUUUAGAAUUCGAUUACAUCAAUCCCUACGAUUCUUCAUCGCGGAUAAACAGCGUAGUCUUACCGGAAUUUGUAGUACAAGGAAUUUUAUGUUUAUUCUAUCUGUUAACGGGGCAUUGGAUCAUGGCGCUGAUAUCUGCUCCGUAUUUAUACUACGAUGUUAGACUAGUGAAAACAAUAGACGUGAGGGGAGGUGCGGAGAGGAUCUAUUGGCAAACAUUUAUGUAUCCGGAGAGGAUUGAAUGGAGAAUUGCAAUAUCUGCAUGAACAGCCUUGGCCUCCUUGCAUAAUUUUAGUUAUUUGUAGAUCAGUGCAUAUGAUACUUAGAGGGUAUUUGGUUUGUCGAACAUAACAUUAUGGUCCAUAAUGUUAUAUUCCGAAAUGAGACUAAAAUGUUUAGAUUUUAACAUUCUGGUCAUCUCGUAAUAUAAGUGUAAUUUCAUUACAAAAAUUAUUGGCUUAAUUUUAAAUUUUGGGCCAAUUUGUCAUUUAUUUUAUUAUUGUAAUGAAUUUGGACUUUUUCUUAAUAGUGAACCAGUGGAUAUCAUACAUUACAAUUAUAA